AUGGAGGAAUAUUGUAAAAUUGUCCUCUCACAACAAGGCCGAGAAAAAUUAGUUGUCAAAGGGUAUUUAAUGGUUAAAGAUAAAAAUAGAGAAGAUCUCUUUUAUUGGUAUUGUGAAAAAAAAGUUCUAUAUAAAUGCAAAGGACGUUCGUCCACAAUUCUAAUUGAUGGAAGACAUAAGUUAAGGACUGACAAUGAUCAUAAUCAUGCUCCAGAAACUAGUCGAGCUGAAGUUUCUAUUGCAAAUUCUAUAUUAAAAGAUACAGCCCGUUCUACAACAAAUAAGCCGUCACAAAUUAUUCAAUCUACGCAAUCCAACGUUCCAGAGAAUAUAAAACCGUAUCUUCCCAGUUAUGAGGCACAACGAAAGAAAAUAAAACGUACACGUAUUACUCACCACCAUACAGAACCAAAUUCAAUUGAUGUGCUCAAUAUACCUGAUGAUCUGAAAAAAACACUAUCUAAUCAACCAUUUCUCAUUAAAGAAUCAAUAAUAGGUGAAGAUAAGAUACUUGUAUUUUCUACUGUAAGCAACAUUCAAAAACUCAGUCAAUCAAUGUUUUGGAUAGUUGAUGGUACUUUUAAAACAGUGCCUACUAUUUUUACACAACUAUAUACAAUUCACGCACAAGUUGGCUACGGUGACAAUUCUAGAGUUUUGCCUCUAGUAUAUGUUCUUAUGACAAGCAAAAGAGAGCAAUGUUACAGUCAGAUGUAUCAGGAUAUAAUUGAUUUUGCUGAAGACAAUAGUAUUAACUUAGCACCUGAAUACAUAAUAAGUGACUUUAAGAUGGCUGCAAUCAACGCGAGCAAACAUGAGUUUCCGUUGUCCAAAAGUAAAGGUUGUUUAUUUCAUUUAUGCCAAAGUGCGUGGCGAAAGUUACAAGGCUUUGGGCUAUCCAUUGAGUAUGGAAAUGAUGAAAAUUUCAGCAUCAAAGUUCGGCAAAUGUUGUCUCUUGCAUUUUUGCCCGAAGAGGAAAUUCCUGAUGCAUUCAAGGAGAUUAAAGAAAUUAUGCCUAACAAUGCAAGUACUUUUGUACAGUGGUUUGAAGACAAUUAUGCAUUAGGUAAAAUCCGUCGUAUAGUGCGCAACACCGAACAUAGGAACCCUCCACUUUUUCCUCCAACAUUAUGGUCAAUUUAUGAAAACAUUGACAAUGGUAUUCCUAGGACUUCUAAUCAUGCGGAGGCAUGGCAUCGGCGUUGGAAUGAAUUGAUAGGGAGGGCUCAUAUUGGUCUGUUUACGCUGAUUAAAGAACUUCAGAAAGAACAAAGUAAGGUUGAUGCAGAUAUCGAAGCUAUUCUUCGAGGAGCUCCAAAGCCACGCCCAACAAAUCUUCAGCAAAAACGUGAACAGCGCUUGAAGACUGCUUUUAACAAUCGUGAAGGUAAAACACGUCUGGAGUAUCUUCGAGGUAUUGCUCACAACCUAACCAUGUAA